AUCCGGUGUGUGCCCUCGUCAUCCGCCGCCGCCGCCAUGCCGGGCUUCGCUCAGCGUCUCGCGGGCAUCCCGUGGCGGAGCAUCGCGAGGCAAGGCCUCUCCCGCGUGUUCCUGGUGGCGAAGGCCUACUGCGUGAUCCACGUCGUCAACGACCACCUCUGCUCGGUGACCUUAGUGCGGGGCGCCAGCAUGCUGCCGUCCCUGAACCUGGCGGGCGACGCGGUGUGCACCAUCCACGAUCCUGACACGGUGGCGGUGGACAGGGUCAGCGUGAGGCUCGGCCGGGUCGCGCCGGGGGACAUCGUGCUGAUGAUCUCCCCCGAGGACCCGCGCAAGUCGGUCGUCAAGCGCGUCGUCGGGAUGCAAGGGGACUCCGUCACCUACCUUGUCGACCCCGGCAAAAGCGACUCCUCCUCCAGAACCGUCGUGGUACCGCAAGAUCAUGUCUGGGUGCAGGGUGACAAUAUCUUUGCUUCUAACGAUUCGAGGCAAUUUGGAGCUGUGCCUUAUGGGCUGAUUACAGGGAAGAUCUUUUGCCGGGUUUGGCCGCCGGAGAGUUUCGGCGCAAUUGAUGACGCAACCAAGCAGUCUUAACGCUGAGGAGGAGCCGAGGAGAGCACAUGGACCCAUAUUGUUUGCUCGCGCCCAGAGAUUCUAUAAUAGCCAACUGCAGGGGGGGCCCUUCCUUGAGCUCGAGAGCUUUCGACGACCUACCGCAGCGCAUUUCUACAGCGAAGCAAAGAGCGUGUCCCGUGUUUUUAUAGUUUUGGUGUGUGACAAGUUCUGAAACCCAAAUCGGCACAGGUUUCGAGACAGUUUUUUUUUUUUUGGUGCUAGUGCCAACCUGGGUUUGGGUUUGCAACUACACUACAACUUCACAUGCUUAUUCCAAACAUUUGAACUGAUUUGUCAGUCCUCGUUUUGCAGAAGGGUGUGUUUGUUUGUUUAUCCAUGUCCAUGUCAAAACACACGACGAUUAUUGUUCAGCAUGUCCAUGUCAAAACA